AUGGCGUGCACCAAUGCCUCAGUGCAAUGCCAAUGUUCUCCCUCUCCCCAGACCACCUUGGCGAAGGCGCUGUACGACAAUAAGGCAGAGUGCUCAGAUGAGCUGGCCUUCCGCAGAGGAGACAUCCUGACCGUCCUGGACCAAAACGUCAUUGGCAGCGAGGGCUGGUGGAAAUGCUCCCUCCACGGCAGGCAGGGUUUGGCCCCCGCCAACCGCCUCCAGCUCCUCGCUGCCUCUCGGGCUGCCCUGUUGCCUCCUGCCACCCGCAGCGACUCCGCAGAGUCGCCCACAGGCCAACAAAACAUCUACCAGGUUCCCUCUGUGCCCAAGCCGACCGUGGCGUCAUCCACCUACGAGAAGAUGGAGGGGUGGGUUAAAUCUCCAGCCAAGGUCUCCGCUCCGCCUGCCCCGGGAAUAUAUCAGGUCCCAGCCUUGGCUGCGCAGCUGCUCAGUGAAAGGACCCAAAGCUCAACACAGCAGCACCUGCUUACUCUGCCGAGAGCAUGCCGGGCUUCUGUCCCAAAUAUCAGGAGUGAGGUGUACGAUGUUCCAUCCACACAGCGCCGGGAGUCCGUGCUCACGCAGAGCGGUGCCACUCCACCCACCGCACGAAAGGGCUCUGCGCUGGUCAGAGCCAUCGAGUGUUUCCAGGAGGAGCAGAAGCCACUGUCCAACAUCCUGCCCAGCCCAGAAAAGGCAGGAGCUCUUAUCCAGAAAGACUCACCAGGAGAUAAUUUAUAUGAUGUCCCUCCCAAAAGAGAAACUGACAGUUUAGAAAAUGAAUCUCAGAAAAAGUGCUGGGGCCAUUACAAUACCUUGCCAAAUCCUCGGAAGUCAGAAUGGAUUUACGAUAUUCCAGUGUCACCUGAAAAAACAGGAUUGAAACAAAACCUUUCUGGUCAUUCCUUGGAGAACCAGGUGCUGUACGAUAUACCACCAGCCAGGUACAAGGCGCUAACAGCAAAUACUGAAGGCAAAGUUGUAAACCAACAAUUAUAUGAUGUUCCGCCAACGCAACGGAAAUUAACCUUUCCAGACAUCCAUCUUUACGAUGUUCCAUCCUCACGAGAUGUGCUCCUUUUGCCACAAAAUGGUAGCUGUGAUGUGCCCCCAAGUCUCCUGACUCCAAAGACUGAGAAUCAGAUCUCCAAAGGGAAUGUUUAUGAUAUUCCAAAAGGUUUGCCCACUGCUGCGCAGUCCAAGAAAGAGAUGGAAAAAACUAGAGAGAGUUCUGGAGACCAAGCAUACGGUGCCCCUCCACAGCUCUCAAGAGAUGCCAGAUUAGAACAAGACAGAUUAUCUGUUUCUAGCAUGGGCAGCAGAAGCAACACACUCUCUACAUCCUCAGACUCUUCUGCUGAGUCUUUUCCUAUGUCAUCAUCAGAGGAGCCUGCCAAAGAAAUUAAACUGGACCUUGACGCAGCCAUAGAGACACUGACUAGAUUGCAGCACGGUGUAUCCAGCUCAGUUGCAAGUUUAAUGAUCUUUGUGAGUAGUAAAUGGAGAUUACCAGAACACCUAGAGAAAAGCAUUGAAGAAAUCCGUAGAGCAGUUGAUCACAUAAAAGUAUCACUGGGAGAAUUCGUGGCCUUCGCCGAAGUCGUAAAGGGAAAUGCCUCUUGCCUCACUGAUAACAACCUUCAGACCAGAAUUAAAAAACAGCUAGAAAUUCUUAUGAACUCAUUCAAAAUUUUAACAGAAACAAGAGAAGCUCUAAACAACUGCAGCUGGUCGCUAGAGGUGCUGGUCCUCAGGAAACCUCAGAACAACCCAGAUGAUCUCGAUCGCUUCGUCAUGGUAGCCCGCACGAUUCCAGAUGACAUCAAGAGAUUUGUAUCCAUCAUCAUUGCCAAUGGAAAGCUUCUCUUCAGAAAGAAUGAGAAGGAACAAGAAACAAAGCAAUCAAAAGCUAAUCCAGAACACAAAAUGGCAAAACAAAUCACAGUGCCAAGAGGAAUAGAACUAGACUCGCUUCAAAGAAAUACUCCUGAUAAACCCAACCAAAGUCAGGUCUCUUCUGAGAAACCAAAUGAAAAUGCCACUGAAGAUUGUGAUUACGUUCAGUUACAGGUUCUACCAUCUGCAAAAAAGACUGUAACACAAAGCCAGCAGGACUCUGCAAGGAAAAUCUCUCUCCCAGAACACUGCAAGCUGUGUUUCGGUGCACUUCAUAAGGCAAUUGGUGUAUUUACUAGUAGUCUGAGCAACAACCAGCCACCUGAAGUCUUCAUAUCCCACAGCAAAUUGAUCAUUAUGGUGGGACAAAAGCUGGUGGAUUCUCUCUGCCAGGAAACUCAAGAAAGAGAUGCUCGGAAUGACAUUCUCCACAGCAGCAGCCGGUUUUGCAGCCUCUUGAAGAAUCUGGCUCUCGCCACCAAAAAUGCUGCAAUACAGUAUCCAAACGCUGAUGCCAGGAGAGAACUUCAGGAUCGAGCUGAGGAGCUGUCUAAGUACACACAGCAGUUCAGAGCAACGAUGGAAUGA